AUGUCGACCACUGCUUCCGCGCCUUCGCAACUUUUCUGCGAGUUUGCCAACGUCACCUUCCCAUCGACGGUGGACAAUGGCGCGUACCGCGUCAGCGUCAAGACGGACAAGACGCAAACCAAAAUGGUUCUCUGGCUCGAGUCCAAGAAGACAAAGCUCCAGUGGCAGUGCGCGAUCGAUGACUUUUCAAAGCACAUGGAGACAACAUACGCGCUUCCGAACGCGGUCGUCUUGGCAGCGAUCAAGAACGGACUCGCUGCAAUUGAUGGGGCCGCAUCGAAGAUGGUCGAUGCUGCGACAAAGCCAUCGGUGGCACCCGCCAGCACGAUCAACCUGUGUGCGAAGAAGGCGAGCUUGGCGCUUGCGCUUGAGAUCAAGAUGUCGCCAGAGUGGACAGCAGGGUACCGCUUUGAGAUGACGUCCAUCGAGGUCAAGGUCGUCGACAUUUUGGAAGCUCGCAUCCGCGACCUUGAAGAAGCCAAAGCUGCACCGCGCAUGGGCUUCUGCACCUUGACAACGACAGCAUGCUACGCCACCAACACUUUCACUCCGUGCACGUGGACGGCGUCGACAGCAUCGACGCUCCUUCGCGUUGAGAAGAAUACCAACAUCAUCGUGCUGCAGCCUGGCUUGUACCACGUUCACUGCAACCUUACGCUGGCUAGUGUUCCGUCCGCCUCACUCACCCUCCGCAUCAACGACGCUGCCGCCAAGACAUCGUCCUACAGUGGGCAUGCCUCGUACAUUACGAGCAAACAGCUCGACCUGGUCCAUGUGACGUACCUGGAUGCUGGCGCGAGCCUUACACUUUGCGCCAGCAUGAACCAAGGCAGCGCGAAUGGGUCGAUGACCAUCAUCCUGCUCGAUCGCGGAACGGCGUAG